AUGAAAUCGACAAUUUCUCAAUCCUUUAAGAUUGUUGUUGUUGGCAGUUCAGGUGUCGGCAAGACAGCAAUCGUUCAGCGCCUUAUCGAUGGUACAUUCCGUGAGGAAGGUCAGUCAACAGUUGGCGUAGAAUUCAAAUCCUUCAUCUGUCCACUCGAAGAUCAGAGCGUCAAACUCCAAAUUUGGGAUACAGCUGGUCAAGAGCGUUUCAAAUCAGUUUCAAAGGCAUACUUCAGAAACGCUGUUGGCGCAAUUCUUGUUUAUGAUAUCACAAACGAAACUUCAUUCGAAGAACUUUCUACAUGGCUUAACGAUCUUCAGGCACUUUGCAAUCCAAACGCUUACAUCCUCCUUGUUGGUAACAAGGGCGAUCUCGAAUCUCAGAGACAAGUUGGCGUACAGCAAGCUAAGGACUUUGCUGAACAGCAUAAGCUUGAAUAUAUCGAAACAUCUGCUCUUUCAGGACAGAACGUUUCUGAAUCUUUCACAAGACUUGCUUAUGGUGUUGCAACCCGCGUUAAUAACGGUCAAAUUCAGAUUACUAGUGGAGCACAAAAGGCUUCUCCGUUCAAGGUCGAUGAGCCACCAAAACAACAACAAUCAUCUGGCGGCUGUUGCUAA